GAAAAUUUAUCGCCUAAGUAAAGUGUAUCACCUAAUAACUGCUGUUUUAAAAGCAUUAUUAUGAUCUCCUCUUCCGUAAUAAAAGUCAACCACUUAAUAUUCCUAACAAAAACAAAGGUGGAAUUUUUUCACUCUUUUUUUUUUUUUUUGGCCGGAAUGGAUGAAUGAAUUAUUCGAUGGACAGCAUCCUCUGCGAUGAACUUCUCCAAGAAAUUUUUCAACGCUUACCACCACCACCGGCCUCCUCCGCCGCCGCCGUCUGUUUAGUCUCCAAGCGGUGGCUCCGCCUACUCCGUUCAUCCAUUUCAUCCCUAUCUCUCACCUUCUUCGAUCAUCAUCAUCCACCUACUAUUACUAUUCUUCCAUCUCUCUCCUCUUUCCUUUCCCAACACCCUUACCUCUCAUCUCUCUCUCUCACCACCGCCGCCACCGCUGCCGUCCCCAUCUCCGCCGAUCAGCUCCUCCUCGCCGCAUCCCAUUCUUGUACCAACCUUCGCGCCCUCCGGCUCUUCACUGAGCCGCUCUCCCUUUUCUCUUUGCUAUCUCUCUCUUCUUCUUUUCUUCAUCUCUCUUCCCUCACCAUCACAAUCCGUAGGCCCCUUACUUUUCACCAGUGGGUCCCGCUUCUCCGUCACCUCAAGCACCUUUCUAUCUACCUUGCCGCCGCCAACGCCGCCGCCGGAAGAAGAACCCAGUUGGUUUCCGAGGAAACUUUUAAUUAUGAUGAUGAAGCUGAGGUGAAAUUAGAGUCUCUUUCCUUGUCCGGCUUUCAGGCAGGUGAUCGUGAGCUUAGUUAUUUCUGGAGAAAUUGCAAAUUGAUUAAGAAGCUAGAGUUACAGAGCUGUGAAGGAGUUGGUGAUAACUCUUCCUUUUUAGCUUUUUUAAAGUCCUUAAAUAAUACCACCCUCCAAGAAGUGGAACUGAGGACUUGUCGGACUGCGGUCGAAGGGGUACUCUUAAAAUUAUCCCAAAAUUGUGUUUCUUUGAAGUCCUUAUUGAUAUAUGAUGGCUGUAGCAAACAGGGUUUGCUUCAAUUCGUCAGCGAGGGAAGGUGUUUUGACAUUCAAAAACUUGAUCUUAGGCUUCCUCUGGAUUUGAGUAAUGAGCAUCUGAUAGCUGUUUCGGAGAAAUUCAGGUUUUUGUCCAGUUUAAGGUUGCAAAGUUGCUGCCUUUUCAACGGCGAAGGUUUACAGGCUAUAUCCAAAGGUGUAAGUAGUUGUGAGCUACAAGAAUUAGCUCUGGUAAAAUGUGACGUGGUGGAAAGGGAAUCAGGAUUGUUAACCCUGCUAGGACAGAAUUUGAAGAAAUUGAGGAAGUUGGAUCUGUCCUACAAUGAGAUGUUGGUUGAUAAAGAGGUUUGUUCAAUGCUGGUGUCCUGUGGGGGGCAUUUGAAUGAACUGAAAUUCAGGGGAUGUGGGAAAUUGACAAAUGCAGUUUUGUUGUCAAUGGCUAAAAACUGCCUGUGUUUGGAGACUCUUGAUAUCAUGAAUUGCUGCUCAAUUGAGUCAGAGUCAGUUGAGUGGUUUCUAAAGCAUUGCUGCAGUUAUCUGAGGGAGUUGCUGGUUGAAGAUUCCAAGGUUUCUGUGUUUGCCAGGAUUGUGGCAUCGGAUAAACGUAUUGAGGUUCUGGGAUGAUUGGAGGGAUUGAUGAUUUGUAAUACUGUUUUCUCUUAUCUCAUUGCUUCUUCAUGUUCCAACUGUACAUGCCUACUACAUGGUUUAGGAUUCAUUAUUUAUGCUGUUCAGAAUAAGUAUAUCUUGUAAACAUGAGAUUUGAAUCAUGUUACAUGUAAAUUUCUUUCUUUCUUUUUUUUUCCCCCUUUCCUAAUACAAGUUUGUGUAAUGGAACUAUGUGAUGUUGCCAUUUCGUUUCUCAAAGAUUGUCUUUGGGUGAUGAAUGAUGCGGAACCAAAAAAGGGAAUUGUUGCACACUUGCGGAAUGCGUUAGUUCGAUUUCUUGUUAGCACAUUUGCAUCCUUCUUUGCGCUAAUUUGUAUGGAUAAAAAUGAAAUAUAGAAAACUGUGUCACCUUUUCCCCA